GUCAGCUGCAGUCCUGGGGCUGCGUAGACUCGGUGCUCUCCCCGGUGCAGCUUGUGGAGCGUGUGUGCUAAGCUGUGAUUUAUAAAUCGAACUCCUCACAUUUCUUCAAAAUGAAUGUCACUGUCCGAUUCUUAAGACCUUUUGCCAGGUUAAUGGUGUCAUUUACUCCUCAUGGGAAGAGAAGGAAUUUAUAUUCGACAGUUCUGCAGAGAUAUAUGUCUUCCAAAGCACCUUCUUUGUCCUGUCAUAAUAAGGAAAGUAUAUCCCCUCCUAAACAGCUAGAAUUGGAUGGGUGGAAAACUACAAUGAAAUCCAGCAUUCAAGAAGAUGGUGUUUCAGUGGUCUCAGACAAAGAUGAAGAUGCUUUAGCUGCCACCAGAGAAAUGAUUGAGAUGCGGAGAUUGCUUGGAAGUGAAGUACCAGAACAUAUCACUGAAGAAGAACUCAAAACCCUUAUGGAAUGUCCUUCUAAAUCAGCCCAAAGAAAAUACUUAAAGUAUUUGUAUGGUAAGGAAAAAUUGAAAAAAGCUAAGCAAAUAAAGAAGGAAAAGAAAGCAGAGGCCAGGGAAGAAGCAAAAAAGGCCAAGUUGCUAGAAAUCACCACAAGUAAAGAACAGCAGGAGUUUAUGUUUCUUCGACUCUGGGACCGGCAGAUCAAUAUCGCAAUGGGUUGGAAGGGUGUCCAGGCUAUGCAGUUUGGACAGCCUUUAGUUUUUGACAUGGAUUACGAAAAUUAUAUGAAACCAUUUGAACUACGGAAUGCUGUUUCUCAACUUUUAGAAAGUGAAGGAUGGAACAGAAGAGAUGUUGAUCCUUUCCACAUUUAUUUCUGCAAUCUUAAAAUAAAUAGUGCUUAUCAGAAAGAGUUAGUUAAACGUUACAGUGGAAAGUGGGACAAAUUGCUCUUAACAGCAACAGAAAAGUCUCCCAUAGAUUUAUUUCCAAAGGACAGUAUUAUAUAUUUAACUGCAGAUUCUCCCAAUAUUAUGACUACCUUCAAGCAUGAUAAAAUUUAUAUAAUUGGAUCAUUUGUUGAUAAAAAUACACAGGUGGGCACAUCGCUAGCCAAGGCAAAACGGCUAAAUCUAGCAACAGAACGCCUUCCACUAGAUAAAUAUUUACAAUGGGACCUCGGUAGCAAGAAUCUCACCUUAGAUCAAAUGAUCCGUAUUUUGCUCUCCAUGAAAAACACAGGUAGCUGGGAAGAAGCUUUGAAGUUUGUCCCCAGGAGAAAGCAUACUGGCUAUCUAGAGAUUUCUCAGCAUUCUAAGGAGGUUUUUAGUAAACUGAAGAAGACUAAGACAAGAUCAUUUCCAAAAGGCUCCUUAAAUGUACAAACAUGGAAAAGGUGACCUAAAUGAGAAAAUGUUAUAAUGUAAAAAGCAAAGAUAUUGGAAAUAGUUAAUAUAAUGUAUGUCUUAAAAGUAGUCUUUCCAGACAAACUAGUUUUGUCUUUUUCUAACUGGAAAACUUUGAAAGUAUGUUUUAUUUGUUGUAGAAACAAUCAGAAAUUAUGGAUUAAUCUGGAAUUGAACACAAUAAAAGUUAUUGUUAUA